AUGGAAAUAUCCACCUCCUUGCCAGCAGUUAAGGACGUCAAGAAGCUUUUGACAUUUCAUAAUCUUUCUGGUGAAAUUCGCAAUAGGAUUUACGAGCUUCUACUUUGCGAUUUCGAAGAAGCGGAGGUUCUAUGCCAAUUUCCUGGUUUCAUGCCAAACUACCCAGUGGCUAUCGCCAGACACCAUAUUCAUCCUCAAAUCUUGAGAACAUGCCGACAAAUAUACCAGGAAGGCACAUAUUUGAUGAGAAAGAAAAACCUAUUCAUCAGAUUUGAAUGUGAAGUCUCACCAUACGAGAUUACCUUUGCAUUUCUAGAGAUCGACGUACCUCUUAUCAUACCCGAUCCAUCCACUUCAAGGGACUUCAAAGGAACCGUCUUAACACACAAGAUUUGUUAUCGAAAGCCUAGAUCACGCCUUCAACCAAGUGCGAGCUUCAUCCUAUUAGCUCGUCACAUUCCCGAUCUAUGUCGAGCAUUGUCUAAACUAAGAUGGAGAAUCAACCUACAUGACGAGAAUGUCAAGCAUAUUGUGACUCUGACCGAUCCCUAUAAGAAACAGAUCUCUGGGCUCUCUGCCUUGUUCGGGUCAGUAUCUGCCUUAUUUUCCCCACCGAGAGAAAUCGAAUCUUUCUUAUCUCAAAAGCAACAGGAAGAACUCAUAGCUCCAUACCGCGCCCAUCUGAAAGCAUUCCCUAACUUGGAGUUCAAUGGUAUUUAUAAACAAUUGCGACCUCGGAAAUCACUUUUGUGCCAGAAGUGUACAGCCAAGAACAGCCAAACCUCAGGCAAGCGAGGAGAACGCUUACUCAAAGGUUUGCCAGUGGAAUAUCUGAAAAGUCUCGGAUUUAUUGUUUUUGAGAUUGUCUGUGAUCGCGCGGGAAUUACAUCUUAUUUAAUGCAAACAAAAUGGGAAGGAAACCACGAGAAGAUGUUCAUGGAGGCGAAAUCAAUACAAAAAGCGGAAAGACGUUAUGGCAGAUGGUUUAGGGAACAUGAAGCAGAGUUGAUCAAUGCAUACGGCUCAGACAAAAUUGCGAAGAGGUAUUACCACUUAUCGAUUGCAUUUCGACAAUCGGGUCAUCUAGAAUGCGCGAGUGAGGUAAUUGAACGUGCUCUUGGAGAAGAGCCCGAUGACUCGGAAUUGUUGAUUGAAAGGGGCAAUGUUAGAUGA